UGGCUGUUUAGCGCAGCAUCUCACAAUGUCAUUCCCAUUCAAUCAAAAUGUGUCGCAUCUCUGGAUUAUGACAGUCGUGCCUAGGCUGGCCUCCCAGAUAGCAUGGAUUAACUAUACUCCUCUGGUGUGAUGACUUAAAACUUUGUUUGUACGCUAGUCUUGAGUAUGGAGACGGAAGAGGAAAACAAUGGAUUACACUUGUGGAUACUAUAGAUUGUAUUUGUUUCUCUAUUCAGUUGGCGUUCUCUAUUCCUUUCUUGGUUACCACCAUUCGUGUAGUGGUUCAAGAUCCGCGCGGCGAUGUUCGUUUCCCGAAGAGUGGCGGGGCAUGUGGUACCAGAAUGGUCUUGGUUCAGUCAACCUCACGCAGCACACGAUCACGAAGAAAGGAACGUGUUAUACAAGUCAAGAUAACAAAUAUGUCGUAUAUGAUAAACAGGGAGGAUGUUACCGAUGUUUAGUGAUAACGCCGCAACACUGGAACGUCCUUCAGUAUAAAGAGAGUUUCUGCCUCAACUCUGCGAACAGGGGUGCACCUCAUGGGCUCUGUGAUAGAAUUCUGAGAGAUUACAAUGUCCUUUUCACAUUAAUUAGAGAGCCCAGUAAGCCAGUUGCUUGCCCUUUCCACGGAUCCUACUUCUUCUCCUACCAGAACAACUCAGUCCCUUGUUCAACCCCAAUUUCCCAGGUGGAUGAGUGUGCUAGCAAUACUAGAGUCAUGUUUCACUUCAGACAGUGUGAAAAUGCGGAAUACUCGAAAAAUCUCGAUCUUGACUUCCAUUGCCUUGCCACAUGGAAGAGUGGGCAGAACUACAUGAUCGGUCACUUCCAGGGAAGAGGAUUGAGAAACAAUAAGGACAUGCAGUACAGAUGUUUCAUGUAUGAAGCCAUAGCUAACAAAGUACAUAUGGCCAUGUCAGCAGAUGCUUCAUGCAUGGGACUUGUCGAACCAAGAGAUGGACCACUCACCAUGUUCUUAGAAAGAGAUGUUCAAAAAUUUGCCACCAUCAACUACCAGUUCCCAGAAUGGCUUUGGCGACGAGACACCAAAUGGCACGACCUGUCGGGAAAAUAUACAUAUCAUUUAGACAAAGAUAAACAAGUCAUUAGAAUAUCUUAUCAAGCAGAACCGGGAGAUGAGAAAGAGGUGAUAGAAGCCAUAAGAUGUUAUGAGAUUGACCAGGUCACAACAACGGAUCGGUUAUUCCAGGCCGUUAGUUUUACAUCAAGAGGGUGUGAAACCAAAUUCCAGUGUGUUCGAAUAUUACAACGGAAUGAUGACAUUGCUGAAUUCCACCGGGGCAAAAUGGUUGAGAAACAGUCAAGCGCGUGUCUUGAAGAUAAUUUCACCGGUGGUAUCAAGCAAUUGCUCAUUCCAUCCAAAAUCCGAGGGUCUAAAUGUCCUUACGAUGGACGUUAUACCAUAGACGUUGCCAAGGGCAGUCCAACAUGUACAACUAAAAAUACGUUCACCAGUGGAUGUGGGAUAUUACAGCAACUGCGAGUUGAAAUCACCUGCCCUCCAAUCACAGCUGCCAGUUUAGUAUGUUUGAGUAAAUGGUCUCAGAACACCACAACCUAUAUGAUAGCCAGACGGACAGGAGGGGGAAAACUUGCUAACUGCUUUAGUUUUAGGAGGUUAUCCAAUCAGAUGAUACUAUUUUCUUUGGACGUUGAUUGUAACAUGGGUGCACCAUUGCUGCUGAACCAGCACGUGCAUUUCGCUCUCAGGAAGGACCCUGGUAACUGUGACACACAUGCCAAUCUAAAAGAGGGCAGGACUGGUGAUAAAGGCACACCCCUCACGAGACUUACUGCCGGCAGGAAACAAACUGCUUCAUGUUUACACGUAUCCAUGGUAACCAUCUGUCUCUCCUUGUUACUGCUGAUUACAUGCAGACCAAGCUAGGACGCAAUGUGUUUGGUUAUGACAAAGAACGGUGCUCACUAUCUUUGAAAACAAAAAGAUUUUAUAUAUUUUGUUGACUUUUUGCAGCGGUUGAUGUAAAUUAUGUCCCCUUCCUUUGGUAUUUUAAGGGCAAGGAGGUGACUCUAGGUGGGUUUUACAACCCUCACGAAAUACACUGGUCAAUGUGAAUGUAUUUUAUGGACGAUGAUGUUUCAAAAUUUCCCCCUUUUUUGUCUUACUGAUGAUAACUCUGCCAGGACUCUCUGCCGUCACAAAUCACCAUUGAAUUGACGAAAUGGGGACCUUCGUACUGCGUCGUUCGUAGGCCUUCGCAAGGGUUACCGAACUUAUACCUACUAAUUACCGCGGAAAUAAAGUGAAAUCACUAAUUAUAAGUAAGUUUGUGUUAAAAUUGAUGAAGAACCUGACUGGUUUCGCCCGGGCUACAGCAUAAUUAUUAGUUAUGUUCGACGGGCAGAAAAAAGACUUCGCUCUGAAGAAAAAAAAGUGAUGACCCAUUACCAGGGAGAACAUGGAUUACAGUUGCCGCUGCCUUAUCCACGCAUGCCAGUAAGGAUGAUGAGUGAAAUCGAAUUCUGCUUCCUGAGACUAUGAUUUUUGAGAGUAUAUAUUUGGAUUCUUUCAUUAAUUCUAGUAUGAAAAAUUGGGAAUGGCACAGUCCAAGUACAUCGACCGCGGGGAUCGAGUCAACACAGUUUAGACACGGGCUGUGAUCAGUUGAGGUAUUAAAUUUCAUAAAUCUGCCAGCAGAAGCAUUACGAUUCGGUUUCCCUCCAUUUCAUUUAGAAUUUUCAGCAUUAUAUUGUCAGAUGGUCAAACUCCCAUGACAAUCCAAAUCAUCUGGCGUCUAUAUAUCUCUGUCAAAGGUCACAGAAUUUGGAUAUAUUGAGGCAUUUCGUUAUUGAAACGGAAACAAAAUAAUUGUGAUGAAAAAAUUUGGCAUUUAUAAUGUCCUUUUGCUCAUUUGAUGAAUGACUGUGUUUAUCGAAAUAGGUUUCGAAAAUCAGUGAAUCCAUAGCUUUUUAAAGACUUGAGGUAUACAUGUAUUUGGUAUUUUGAAAGCACUUUGCACCAGUUGCUACAGUGGUAACUAUAUACGGGUGUAUAAGUGACUUUACUUGGAAACAUAAAACAUGAAGUUAGUGUAUAGUUUUUGCUUUUUUGUCACUGGAACUAUAAUAGUGCUGGAAAUACAUUUAUGUAUUGCAUGAUUAACUUAAAGUAUGAGAUGACGAGCAAUGCAUAAUUGAGUAAUUUAUCAUCAAUGCAACUUCUGCUUACUUUUACACCCUUUGGGUCAAGGUCUUUUGGACAGAGUGUGUCUUUCUUAGCAUCUUCCUCAUGAAAUGUCUGUCUCUAAUGUCUCAGUGUUAUGCAUGAUUCGUCUUGAUAAGCUGACUUUGUGAAUUAAUCUGGAAGUACCUUAGGUCGAAAAUCCAAAGGAGAGGUGUUAUUCAGUUUUCAAUACAUCAACAUGCACAUUCGUUGCAAGAUUCUCGUAAAAUUCCUAAGAAAAGACCUAAUCUAAUCCGGAUUUUCGACUUGAGAUACUACCAUAGAAUCAUUUUUUUAUCGGAUCUUUCGCCGAUGCUAAUAAUUAUGCUUGUUUAGGGAGGAGUCCUACGCUAUGAUGGUCGUAAGAAGUGCAUUAUUCUACACACUGUAAUGGUAGGUAACAGUUCUAUUUAUCACGACGAUACUACAAACCACAAAAUUUCUGAAACACAUCCGAAUAACUUGUUAAAGAUUAUACUCGUCAGUUUCUUCCAAUCCACAGGCCAGAUAUUCCAACUUUCAAACUUAUUGUCAAAUUGAAAAUGUUUAGAGGAAAUAUUGGCACGCAAUAGGUUUAUUAUUCUUUGCGAUAAGUUUAAAAUGUAGGCUAGGGUGUGUAGCUUGUCACUAUUCUGCAGCAUCAGCUGGCUGUGCCAUCUUUUGUUUUGAUGGCAGUCAUGGGAAUACAAGACCGAGUGAUUUCCGUAAAAAAUACGAUACUGAACACACGCGUGUCUUUCAUUUUGCUAUUUUUACGAUUAUGAAUGUUUCUCUUUCCCUUUUUUCUAAAAAUAUUUUCGGGAUUUUUAUUUUGCGAAUCGAAGAGAUACUAAAUCCGUUUUACAGCAAACGGAAUGUUGUGCCUAAUCGCUUUUUAAAUAUUAAAGGCUAAUGCCGUCGGUAAAAUUAACAUUUGAAAUUGAAUUUGAAUUUGAAAAUUUCCCCUUGCCAAAAUACGUAUUAAAUAUGAAUUAUAGCAUUGUCGUUGUGUCGACAGAUAUACAUUAAAUACAAUGUACUACAAAUACCGAGUUUUAGCAAAUUCGUGAGCACUUCGGCAUUGUGUAUAACUGCAUUUCUAUUUUCCUGGGCCAGUAAUUAUGAACGGCGUACCCCUUUGAUGUAAAUAUGCUUAUUAUGUAUUGCACCUAUCCGUGUGCUAUUGUAAGCAUUAUUUUCUUCACUGAAUGUCUGUUUCCGACCACAUUUUGAACACUGGUUUUAUAUUGUCGUUCAACCGGCAUAUCCAAUUUGAGAAAUCUUGUGCAGUUUAAAAUGUCCUUUGAUAGAGUAUUCGGGGAACAAUGGAUGUAUGCGCUGUUUGAUCUCUGAGGUAUUAACAGUGAUGGUCCAUUAAAGCCAUAAAGAUGUACCUUAAUCCGUCACCAUAUAAGAGGAACGGACACUUUUUCCAGGGUAACAUUUUAAACUGCUACACCGGAUGUUAGUUUCCUUUUGGAUACAUGUAGAUUUUAUAAAGAGAUUAUUCGAAUUAUUCGGAUUACCAUUUGUCAAAGAAUGGUGGACAGGGAUGAUUUUUUAAUAAUGAAUGUACAUAAUAUGGUGAAUGUAGUGACAAUGUAGAUUGAUAGAACAAGAGAUUAUGCGAGUAUCAGUCGGCACUACUUGCCGGGAUGAAAGAAUGAAUUUCUGUUGGCGUCACUUAUUUUAAGGAUGGAAGACUAGAGUGCUGUUGACCUUUCCAACUCGCGAUUAUUAUGAU